AUGAACAAGAAAACGGGUGCCGCCGCUACACGUCAACAAGAGCGUGCAGUGGGCAGUCCCGGCACGGUAGAAGAGCAGGCAACAGCUGGUGGCUGCAGCACAUGUCUCUCUGGCGCGGUGGCCAACGCCGCGUCGGAGCGCAAAUCGCGGUGCGCGCAAAUCGUCGGUCCGAUCGGGUAUUCACUCGUGCACGGCUUGGGGGACUCGGCGCAUGAACACGGCACCGCUGCAAAAUGGAUGAACACCGGCCGUUCUCCCCACCGUGUUUACCAAGGUGCCAAGCCGUCCCAGUCGCGUCGCAAACAGAUCCUGCACCAGAUUCUCGUCGUCUUCACGUUUGUCGGCGCCGGGAUAAAUCGCGAGUGGCUUUCGAGGUUCGUCGUUGUGGAAAAUGUUGAGAAACGAGACUCCAAAAUGGAGAGAUGA